CCUCCUCCUCCCUCCUCCUCCCUCCUCCUCCCUCCUCCUGGGCCCGAUGCCAGGACAGAAUCAAGAAUAUCGGAGGCCGAAGGAGGCCCAGGUGGCUGGCACGACAAAAACCCUCACCUAGACGUGCCAGCACAAUUCCUGGUCCACAGCGUACACUGACCAAGAUUUUGCACAACAAGAAAGAAAACGGAGGAGCGUCUCGGAUCCCAAUUAGCCUGGCGUGAGCCUGUAACUGGGCCUGCCACCACACCCCAAUGCUGGCAUUUGUUAUGGGUGCGCAUUUCCGAUAAUGCCUGCCGGACCUCGAUCUGACCGACCUCUAACGCAUCUACAGCAUGCCUCUUUUUAGGGGCGAAUUCUUCUCACCAAUGCAUGUAUCCCACGUGCACUCCACCCAGCACCGGCACCUCUCAUGUGAGAUCCGUGUGUAGUGACACGCAGUCUCAUGCCGUGAGAGUUCCGAUCCGUACCGCUGUCCCUAUCCUCUUGUUGUUCUGUUAAAUUUCUGGCCAAGUGUUUGUUGUGGACCAGGAUGCGGGUCUUCGCUAGGCCAACCGCCGUCGUCGUCCUCUCCAACCUCCGGUCUUUUUGGCUCCAGUAUGACAUUGAUCCCUGGUGGGAAGGAAGACAAAGUGCGGUAGAUGCUGUGAAAGUCCCUUAUAACAGCGCUGGCUUUCAGUCUGAUUUGAGGCAUGCUUUGGGCAUCGUCGAAAUCGACGGUCAAACCGUCCUAUAUUAACUUCGAUCAUUGCUUGACUUUAUCUGUGGCUGUGUCUAGAUCAAUCGUCCGAAAGACCGGUUGGUCUCCUGAGAAGUUGGAUGAGGUGCGCAGGUCCGCACACCUGGUCCUGAAUCAACCCGCAGAGUUGAAGCUGGGCAAAAUUCUCUGCCGUCUGCCUGAGGUCCUCUACCGGCUGCAAACAGAGCUCCUCUUCCACAAGCUCUGUGAGUACGUCUACGAGGUGAGCUGCGCCUUCACGGAGUUCUACGACUCCUGCUACUGCAUCGAACAGGACCCCAAAACAGGCAAGUGUGCGCUUAAAUGUUUGGGAGCUCGCGCCAUACCGUAG